CAUAACAAACACACAAAAAUUGGGGAUCGAGGUUUUGGGGAUGAAGGAUGCGACUGAGUUUUUUAAAACUCAUAAAGGGAUUCAAACCCAUACAGACGCAUGAAUUCAGAAAUAGCUAAAACUGGAACUUGUUGAAUUUGGUUUCCGCUAAAAUUUUGCAGAGCUGUAGCAGAUGCGAAGGAUCUCUGUUUUUGAAUGUGACUCAAGUGGAAUUGUUGCAUGGUAAUAAUUAUAAGAAUUGGAGGAAAUAUAUAGAUUACCAUAUAACUAUGACCCCAGGCAUGGACCUCUGCAUUGUUGAUGAGCAACCUGAAGAAUUAGAUGCUGAUAGUAAUCCUGAGGAAAGGAAAGCCUAUAGGGAUUGGCAUAACAGUAACAGGAAAGCCAAAACCUUGAUUAGGACUACCAUGAUUGACUCAAUUAGGAGAUCCAUUGAGAAACCUGAUACUGCUUGGGAUUUUUUGGAGGCUAUCUCUGAGAAAUAUCUAGAGAAUGAUAAGGCUGAAAUAUUGAGACUGAAUAGGGAGUUUAAUGACAUGAGUUUUUCUGGGAAUGGUUUAGUGAGGGAGCACAUCAUGACAAUGAUGGACCUUAAUUAUAGGCUCAAUGAUUUAGAAGUGGGUGUUAAGGAUGAACAGGUUGUGGCACAGGCACUUGAGUCACUGCUAGCCACCUAUAGCAACCUAAAAACAACCUAUAAUGCCUCUGAAGAAAAAUGGACCCUGAAUAAGCUUAUUUCUGUCUGCAUCAACGAGGAAGCUAGGAUUAAGAAGUAGUCUAAGAAAUCUGAACCCACUACUACAGUCAAUUAAUUUGGUGGAGAAGGAGAAGGCAAAGUGGAAGAACUAUCACAAAAUCAAGGCUAAGAAAACUGUUAGCACUAAGGUAUCUGGAAAAUCUUCAGAGGCUAAAGCCGGAAAAACAUUUAAGUAUAAAUGUUUUUUCUGUAAAAAGCCAGGUCACAUGAAGCGUGAUUGUUCAGGUUUCAAAGCC